AUGAGGAAAGAUCAACAAAGGAGAAACUGCGCUCGUGAAGGAAGGUUGAGGGUGCUCUGGCAUGGAUCUACUGUUAUCCUCAGCCCAGUUUGGUCGAUCCUUCUUCGGAUAUGCCACUAUCAUUCUCGGCGAAUUGGGUGCGGUGCGCUUAAUUCUGUUCAAAGCCGAGUAAGGGAGUGUGGCUCACAAAAUUCCAGUCACUAUAAGCUCAAGCGUCUCUCGCAAGGUCUUUCUCAAAUAUCCUCAAACGACCUGCGUUGGUAUGGAAAAGCGAGUGAAAGCUACGAGGUCCACGUCAAAACAGUCCCUAACCCGGGCCGGCUACAAAGACGACUAUCACAAAUCAUAACUCCAUCGAAUUUCUGGCGGGAUGAUGACAGCCCGCUCGAAGAAUUUAAGGCCUUUGGCGGCGAAACCGACGGAGACGAGAUAGAAAACCCGGCUAAAGUUUCCCAUGAGACCAGACACGGCCACUUCCUCCGUCAAUUCUCAGAACAAGGUAUUUCUUAG